AUGCCAGCUUCCAUUACCGUGUUAUGUUACGUGACGAGUUACCAAAAAAAAUUAAUUCCUAAUAAAAAUCUUUCAAUAGUUGAAGCUUCGGGUGUUGUAAGAUCCCGAAGUCUAGACUCUUCCCUAAACGUUAUUUUAACUGGGUUUUACCACCACGAUACUAUUCAAGAAUUAAAUUUACCUGAAUUUGAGGACAAAGAUGUGGUGCUCGCUACUGGAAAUUUUCGUAUCGUUGAAGGCACGGGCCAAAACGAUGAAAAAUAUUCCAUAUUAAAAAUUACCUUAAACGAUGUUGUUCGUUUUAAUACCCUUGAUCCUAACAAUUUACCUGCAUUUCCGAUAUUAAUCAACAUAACGGCAUUAGUUCAAGAAGACCCGGAAAUCGAUAACGAAGAUGUAGUCGUUAAUGUUUUGACCAAAAAUUAUGUGGACCAAGGUUAUGUUAAUCUUAAACUAACAUGCUAUCAUCCCACUUCUGCACGAUAUUUAACAAAUACGACCGCUGCUAUAAAGAAAGAUUCUGUAAUCUAUAUUAACGGCAAACUCAUGAUAACCGAUGAUGAUAACAUAGUUCAUAUUCGUGCUGUUUCGUUUCCGGAAUACCAGAAAUUAAAUAUAAUUACAAAAAAUAACUCGAUGCAAUUUUCAUGGGAAUCGACCGACCAAAAUAAUACGAAUCAGCAAAAUGCCUCCACCAUCGCUCAAACCAUAGCCACAAGAGUCAAAGGAAGCACCCGACGCAAAAAAACCACACCUACCGCUAAACCGUAUCUUAAAACCAACUCUCGUCCAAAGGUUACUGAUUUGGCAAAUGAUCUUCUAAAUAAACUUUCGGAUCCGAAUACAUCUAAUCAAACUGCUACCGAAUAA